GACCACUUCUUCAGCAGUAGUAUCUAAUCAGUAUGCUAUGUGCUGUGGACAAGAGGGCUUCCUUCUCUUCGAAAACACGAGUUUAAAUGAGCGAAUACAUUCGUAACACAAAUAGCAGCCGAUAUCGUAUACCGACCAAGCUCAAUUAGAGAGAAAGGAGAAUCAAUUUUUGUUCAUUAUUAGAAAGAACAUUUUAGAAUUAUUGAUCAAAUCAAAAGUUUUUUGUAGAGAAACCCUGACUUUGGCAACUCUAUCAGUAUGAAUGAGAUCGCGAAACGACUAUGGAAUACCAUCAUUGUGUAGUAGUGCUUGUAUUCUCUCUCGUAUAAUACACGGGAAGAGAAUUUUUUGUGUGACCUACAAAACAUACAAAUAUCAUGUCGCCGAGUACGGGCGAGGCUUUUAUAUGUGAAGUUAAGACAAGUAAAUGGAAAGAUGGGAAUGGCAGAAGAAGAAACAGCACAAAUAAAAAUAGCUGCACUGAAAAGAAAACCAGAAACGAUGCUUAUAUGCGUGGAAAAUUAAAUAAUGAUAGCAGCGCUGUAAAGUCAGAGUAGCAGAAAAUAAAACAAGAUUCAAGAAUGUGUAAUUUUUUUAGCAUGUUAACGGCAAAAGAAAGUGAUUAUAUAGGACACAAAAGAAAAUAACAUAAAAAACAAAAAAGUGAAACUUUUCUUCUAUACACUGUGUUCAGCAUGUUUGAAGUCAAAAGGCGUCUCCGAAUGGAAUUGAUGUCAUCAUCUUCUAUGCACUUUUCUAGGAAUCUUGCUUUUCCCUCUCUAGAAUUAAAUUUGAAACAAUACACAUUUUAUACAGUUUUAUACUCUCAUGCAAAAAGUACCUGCUUCAAAUCAGAAAAACUAAAUACCACUGAUGAUCAAUAGAGCUAGAAAGGGGAAGCAUAUUGAUAUUAUACAAAUAAAUUAAAAGGAACAAUGAACAUUUGAAAAUGAAGCUUUAUAGUUUAUCAGCAUCAAAUAUGAGCACACAGAAAACUGACACACACGUAAACAACCUAUUAGGCUCGUGUUGGCCAACAAUCAGCUCCAAUCGAUCGGUGUGCCAACCGGAACAAUUUUUAUUGGAUGAUCAUAAAUUGAUGCUUGAAGAGCAUGAAAUCGAAAUGGAUUCCCUGCAAUAUGAUUCUGAUGCAGAAAAGGGUGGUGUUGACGUUUUCGAUAGUUUGAUAUUAAGCAAUCAAUCGUUGAACACUGAGUUAGCUGAAUUAAAACCAUUGCCACCGUUCACUGGUUACACUGGCCACUUAUCGAUAAAUGGUAUAUCAGGACAUCAUUAUCAUGCAAUUGCACAUCGUCACAUUUCGUCCGAAGAAAAUAACAAUUUUUUGACGACAAAUCUAAACCAAGCAUCAUCGUUUACAAGUCGCCCAUUGUCGGCGAAAUCCAUUGUUGGAAUUGAAGAUCCAGUUGGCAUUGGACGUAUACUUGAAGAACAAAAUAUAGUAUCAUCGUCCACAUGCUUGCCAGACAGUGCAUUAUAUCCAGAAACUACAAAUGAUAAUAACACGUCGUGCUAUCAAGAUGUAAAACUAUUUUCUGAGAGUGGAAUUGAUAACAAAAUGUGCUCGUCAAUGGCUGAUAGUUGUGCAAUGACAAUUCCAUGCCCGGAUUCAAUGUCAAGUAUUCGAAUUUAUGCUGAAUCAAAAGAACAAACAGUAGAAUUCGUGGAUAUGUCAUCCAUUGAUGACAUUGCAGCGAUCAUUGGUUCAGCUAUUGCUGAUACAACGGUACCAAAUCAAACGGAAGAACGGGACGGCACAGACAGUCGAGAUUCUUGGAUGGAUCUCGAUGCAUGGAUCGACGGAAAUUGUGUAACGAAUGUAUCACAACAGGAAUCCCUCAAUGAAUUUAUUUUACCAAAUUCUCCGGUACUUACAUCAAGUGAGCCACCAACAUCAACACUGCAAAAUCUACUUACAAAUAACUAUAUGCCGUUGCUUCAAAGUCGCUUGCAGAACGGCCCACCUCUAAAAAAUGAAACACCAUCAUCCACUUCAUAUGGUAGCGACUCAAUCACAACCACAAACAGUCCUCCUGACUCUGUUGUCUCUACCACCGAUAGCUUGAUAACUAACGGAGGGAGCCGAUGCAUGGCUUCUUCUAUACAUCCACAUCAAGCACAACAGCAGCAACAGGGUGAAUGGUUCAACAGCAUUCAGAAUACCUCAAAAGUUAAACGACGUAUGAAACAAAUACAGCAACAGGUGAUUUUCAAUAAUUCUAUUAGUCACAUUUACCAAUUAUUACCGCAGCAGCAACAACAACCUCAGAGUGAACCCAUCGGUAGCAGUUUAAGUUUUCCCACCACAAACGAUAUGAAUGAUUUAUUGGGUAAAGAGAAACCAGUGCAUCGGUGUAACAUUUGUAAUCGAGGGUUUCUGAAUAAAAGUAACAUAAAAGUUCACUUGCGAACUCAUACUGGAGAAAAGCCUUUCCGAUGUGAAGUGUGCGCCAAAGCGUUCCGGCAAAAAGCUCAUCUAAUUAAACACCAACAAAUACAUAAAAGAAUUGGACGAGAUUAAUCGAAAUAAACAGAGAGAACAAAUUUUAUUCAAAUUGGUUAUAAUUGGUAUUGAAAUUUGAAUUUAGCUUAGGUAUAGAUUUAGAUCCUAAAUUAACGCAACAUUAGGCCUGUAAUGUUUCUUUGUUUAAAACAAUUCGGAAAACCAACCUAAAAUCAAUAAAACAAAAUAGAGAUGUAAAUCGAGCAUCAUACCUCAUAUAACUUAUUAAAAUUUAAACGGAUAAAGAACGAAUGAAAAAGACGAUAUAAAAACAGUUAACAAAAUCAUUUUAUGUAAAUAAAUGUAAAAACUUAUUUUAUUUAGUUAGUUUCCAAGGAUACAAGUACACUCGCUAGCUCGAUUAAAAUAUUUGGGUUACAAAUAACAAAUUAUUUAUGAAUUACAAUACUAAUUUAUUGAAAUUCUUACUUUAAAUUUUACUUUCUUUCUAUUGUCUAUUAAAAGAAAUUUUGAUAUGUCACAAUAAUGGUUUUUUUAUACUGGACAAAGAACGAUUUUCUACCC